UAUAUGAUACAUAGGAUUAUUUUUUCCAUAGUGAAAAAUACAUGUGUCACAUUUUCUAUUAACCUUAUCUUAGAAAAGUUUAUAUAUCUUUUUAUGCGAUUUCUUUAAAAUUAAUAAUGACAAAGAAACAGUUAAAACGUAAAAGAAUCGAAGAUAUUAAUAAAGAGAAUAUACCAGAUAUGGAAGUUUUACCACUAAAAAGAACAUCAGAUGAACCAUUAUCAAAAAAGGUAAAAUGGAUUAAUAGACAGAGAGUUCUAGUAUUUGCUACUAGAGGUAUUAGUUAUAGACACCGUCAUCUUAUGAGUGACUUAAAAACUCUUAUGCCUCAUCAUCGUUCUGAAUCUAAAAUGGAACGUACUAAAAAUCUACAAAUAGUUAAUGAAAUGUGUGAAAUGAAAAAUUGCAAUAAAACAAUAUUAUUUGAAGGUAGAAAAAAAAGAGAUUUGUAUUUAUGGUUUUCUAACAUUCCUAUAGGACCAAGUGUAAAAUUUCUUGUUGAAAAUAUUUAUACUAUGGCAGAAUUAAAAAUGACUGGAAAUUGUUUAAAAGGUUCUAGACCAUUAUUAUCAUUUGAUGAACAUUUUAACACAAAAUUACAUUAUAGUCUUUUAAAAGAAUUGCUUAUUCAAAUUUUUGAUGUUCCUAAUCAUCAUCCUAAAACACAACCAUUUUUCGAUCAUAUAUAUACAUUUACUAUAUUAGAUAAUAGAAUAUGGUUUAGAAAUUUCCAAAUUUUAACAGAAGAUGGUGGUUUGGCUGAAAUAGGUCCUCGCUUUGUAUUAAAUCCAAUAAAAAUAUUUACUGAUAGUUUUGGUGGAGAAGUACUUUGGGAUAAUCCAACUUAUGUUUCUCCUGUUAAGUUUCGACACUCUUUAAAAAAAAAUAAUACUGGUAAAUAUAUGAAUAAAAUGGAUCAGAAAAUAAUACAAAAAGUUAAUAAACCAAAAGAAUCUUAUUCAUUGAAUCCUAUGGAUGAGAUAUUUAAAGGUGAUCCAUUAGAAAAAGCAAUAGAAUUGCAAGAAAAAGAAACAAAAAAUAUACAGACUAAUGAUAAUAAGCAGAAAAAAUUAGAGAAUAGAAAUAAAAAACAUUUAGAAAGGAAAAUAAAAAGGACUACACAAAAAAAAAAUAAAAAAAAAUCAAUGUAAUAUUCAAAAAUUUAUAUUAUAUUGAAAUAUUAAUAAAUUUUUUAUAAAGUA